AUUGGCUUCCGCUACAUCAGCGAGGAGUGUCCCCUCGCCAUCGUCCUGCUCAUCACCCAGCUCGUCCUCACCACCAUCAUGGAGAUCUUCAUCACCGGCACCUUCCUGGCCAAGAUCGCCCGGCCCAAGAAGCGCGCCGAGACCAUCAAGUUCAGCCAGAACGCGGUGGUGGCCCAGCACAACGGCAAGACCUGCCUGAUGAUCCGCGUGGCCAACAUGCGCAAGAGCCUCCUCAUCGGCUGCCAGGUGACGGGCAAGCUCCUCCAGACCCACCUCACCAAGGAGGGCGAGAGCGUCCGCCUCAACCAGCUCAACGUGGACUUCCAGGUGGACACCUCCUCCUCCAGCCCCUUCCUCAUCCUGCCCCUCACCUUCUACCACGUGGUGGACGACAGCAGCCCGCUCCGGGACGUGGCCCUGCGGACGGGCGAGGGCGACUUCGAGCUGGUGGUCAUCCUCAGCGGCACCGUGGAGUCCACCAGCGCCACGUGCCAGGUCCGCACGUCCUACCUGCCCGAGGAGAUCCUCUGGGGCUACGAG